AAGUUCUCAGGCGGCGUUCAUACAAAGGAAACUUUCCUGUCCUGUCCGAUCCAAAGGAGAAUUUUCCUGAGUGGGAACUAAGUCAGCUUAACGAGCAAAUUCAUGAGGAAUGCAUAGAGUUUAACUGUUUAAGAUUAGCUUGAGAAAACGUUAACCAAAUUUUGUAAUUAUAGAAACUAAACCUAACCUUGAAAUUUACUUGUUUCACAGCUAUACACUAGUUCAGGUACAAGCUUCAGUGAGAUGAAUUUCAGAGAACCAGAAAUUGGAUUAUAUAUGGCUUUUAACGUGUGGUAUAGAUUCCACAGUCGCUAAGUAUAUAUGAUACCAGACCGUUAGACAGAUGAUCAUGCAAGAAAUUCACGAUAUUCUACCAGUGAACUUAGUUCAUUUUUUCCACACACACCCAGACAACAUUGAACGGAAAUUACUACAAUACACUCAUAAAAUAUGUUCUUUGUAAACAGUUCUAAGAACAGUGCAUGUCCUGACCUCGUGACACGAAACCUGAGUACUUUCUAAUAUAUUCCUAAUAUAUCAUGUUGUUUAAGUAAUCUAAGCCAAGGCUUAACCAACAUACAGACAGAGUAAAUUGUUCGUGACUUUGUACAAAUAAUUUUUGAUUAAAUAAAGAUGGCUCUCUUGGAAAGAUCCCAAAUUGGUGUGAAGGAAUUUGGUAGCGCAACUUUCGUGCAAAACGACCCGAGAGCGAAGCUGAUGUACUAUUUGAGCUGCGUUUGCUCCGUUUUAGAUUUGCAACAAAAUGUUCCAUAUCGGCUUACCCAACAUGCCACCACCUACAAUCAUUUAACACCAGAUGAGAUGACGGAGUUGAUGGCGCUUUGCAUCCUAUUUUCACCAGAUGUCCUCAAAGAUCAGGUCUUUUUUUAUGACAACAGUAGCUUCGGUUCCCGCAACAGGUUCCUUGAGCUCUCUGCCGUUAAGAGCUCCAUGCUGGUGGCUGGAGAUGUGAUAAUCGGCGGGCAGCGGAGACGCGUAGCUAAGAUAAUGACUUGUACCAGAGAAUGGUUACAAUACUACUACGAACAACCAAUGGCUAUGAUGCUCUCAAGACGAAUGUGCGCUGCACCGGCAUAUAGACCAGCUAUUCAAGCACCACCACCACAACCUACAAUAUACUACACGCCCCCAAGCAGAAAUAAUUCCGGCUGUUGUGUUAUUCUGUAAGAUUAUGAUCAGGACUUUACCCAAUUGAUCAGGAAAAGAUAGUGAAAACCACAGGAACAGGCAGUCUUCGUUUAAAAUUUUUAUUUUCAAAUGUUCAUACAACUACAGUUGGAUAUAUUUCCCAAGCUUCUGUCAAUUAAGACGUAUGAUUCAUAUAAAUUAUUAGUUAGAGCUCCACUAACACUAUAAAGCAUUGAUAUUAGCUGCAUAUUAUAUUAAGUUGUAAAUUACUAGGAGCAAAAUAUAUAUAUUGCAGGUUAUUCUAUAAUACAGUAACAAUGUAGAGUUUGAUUAUUAAAUACUAGUUGCAAAGUGUCGACAUUCUGCAUAGUUAUUUCACGUAAAUCAUGUAAUGG